UUUGUUUUUCCUCCCUCCUGGUCUCCUCCUGUAUCAUACCGUAGCAAGCAGACAGCAGACAGCUAGGGUUUCAUCCAUGAUGGCGGAGGAUAGCGAGUCUGCAGCCAGUCAGCAGAGCCUGGAGCUGGACGAUCAGGACACCUGCGGAAUAGAUGGCGAUAACGAGGAAGAGAAUGAACACAUGCAAGGAAGUCCAGGGGGAGACUUGGGGGCAAAGAAGAAGAAGAAGAAACAGAAGAGAAAGAAAGAAAAACCGAGUUCAGGAGGGGCCAAAUCUGACUCUGCCUCUGACUCCCAGGAGAUAAAGAACCCAGGGCUGCCCAUGCAGAAGCUUCAGGACAUCCAGAGGGCCAUGGAACUGCUGUCCUGUCAGGGACCAGCUAAGAGCAUAGAUGAGGCCACAAAACACAAAUACCAGUUCUGGGACACACAACCUGUACCUAAACUCAAUGAGGUUGUAACAAGCCACGGACCCAUCGAGGCUGACAAGGACAACAUCAGACAGGAACCGUACUCUCUACCGCAGGGCUUCAUGUGGGACACCCUGGACCUCAGCAGUGCUGAUGUGCUGAAGGAGUUGUACACCUUGCUGAAUGAGAACUAUGUAGAGGAUGAUGACAACAUGUUCAGAUUUGACUACUCACCCAACUUUCUCAAAUGGGCGUUGCGUCCUCCUGGUUGGUUGCCACAAUGGCAUUGCGGGGUGAGGGUUUCCUCCAAUAAGAAACUUGUCGGUUUCAUCAGUGCCAUUCCUGCCGAUAUACACAUCUACGACACGUUAAAGAAGAUGGUUGAAAUUAAUUUCCUGUGCGUCCACAAGAAGCUGCGUUCGAAGCGCGUGGCUCCAGUUCUGAUCAGGGAGAUCACAAGAAGGGUUAACCUGGAGGGUAUAUUCCAGGCUGUCUACACAGCAGGAGUGGUACUUCCCAAACCUGUGUCUACCUGCAGGUACUGGCAUCGUUCUCUGAACCCCAGGAAGCUGGUGGAGGUGAAAUUCUCUCACCUGAGCAGAAACAUGACGUUGCAGAGAACCAUGAAACUCUACAGACUACCGGACAGCACUAAGACCCCGGGCUUGCGGCCCAUGGAGAGGCGCGACGUGCGUCAGGUGACACAGCUGCUGCAGAAACACUUGAGACGCUUCCAGCUGGCGCCCUCUUUGGGCGAGGAGGAAGUGGCACACUGGUUCCUCCCUCAGGACAACAUCAUAGACACGUUCGUAGUGGAGGGUGCCGGUGGUCUGUUGACAGACUUCACCAGUUUCUACACCCUGCCCUCCACUGUGAUGCACCAUCCACAACACAGGAGUCUGAAGGCAGCCUACUCCUUCUACAGCGUUCACACACACACUCCACUGCUGGACCUGAUGAACGACUCUCUCAUACUGGCCAAACUGAAAGGUUUUGAUGUGUUUAAUGCUCUGGACCUGAUGGAGAACAAGGUGUUUCUGGAGAAGCUUAAGUUUGGCAUCGGAGAUGGCAACUUGCAGUAUUACCUCUACAACUGGAAAUGUCCCCCAAUGGAACCUGACAUGAUUGGCCUUGUUCUUCAAUAACCAUUGUGUGUGUGUGUGACUGCUAAACACUCAACCAGAGGUUAAAGGUCAAACAUCUCUACCUGGACACACAGGUAGUCUCAAACUCUAAGAAGACAUCAACAACAAUCAGUGAUCAGGAGGUGUGCAUCGCGUUGAGCAUGUCUCCUGGAUUGUUUUUUAUCAUUGAGAACAUUCUGUCAACUCGCCCAGGACUGAUGACUCUUUUUAACCAUAAACAUCCUGAAUGUGAAAUCAUGCUCUGCCUGAGACAGUCUCUCAUACAGUAAAGUACACCUCUACGCAAACACACACACACACACACACACACAGGCAUGCAGACAUUGACACACUUAUGACAGUAUCCAUGUGCAGUGCAAACACACAUACCACAUUGAGAGAAGGAUGAUCUCAAAAGAAGACCUUCGAUCCAAAAUUAUUGUCUUUCUUUUUGUAUUCCAAAAGGUGCAUUGGUAUCUCUUUGUUGGACAGAGCAGAUAUGUUGUAAUGUGUACAUUUAAUGCCAGAACAUACCGUAUCUCACAAAAGUGAGUACACCCCUCACAUUUUUCAAAUA